GUCAUGUGUCAUGGUAGGAUAUGAAUAUAAAUAGCGCUCCUUAACAGUGGCUUCUCAUCUCAUUCUGAUUACUUUGCAAGCGUGAACAAUGAAAAACAGUUCAGGUCUGCUUUUGCUGCUUCUCCUGGGGACGUGCUCAGCACGCACCUAUCAAAAUGUGGCCUUACGUGGAAAAGCUACCCAGUCAAAUGAACUGAAUCUUGAGCUCGCAGAUGCCAGCAAUGCCAUUGAUGGAAACCGUGAGUCUCACUAUUGGGCUGGAUCAUGCAUCCACACUGAUCGGCAGACCAACCCCUGGUGGAGAGUGGACCUGCUGGAUUCCUACAUUGUCACCUCUGUGAUCAUCACUAACAGAGGAGAUUGCUGUCCAGAAAUGCUUAAUGGUGCAGAGAUUCAUAUUGGCAACUCUUUACAAGAUAAUGGUGCUGGAAAUCCAGUGGUUGCAGUAGUUUCUCACAUCCCAGCAGGCAGGUCUUUAACAAUUACUUUUACCAGACUUGUGGAGGGACGUUAUGUAACUGUGGUCUUACCAGGGGCAAACAGGGUCCUCCAUCUUUGUGAAGUGGAAGUCUAUGGUUAUCGAGCCCCAACUGGAGAGAACCUAGCAAUCCAAGGAAAAGCCACACAGUCUUCACUAUAUUUACCAGGCAUGGCCUACAAUGCCAUAGAUGGCAAUCGUGCCAACCUAUGGAACCAAGCUUCGUGCACUUGUACAAACAAGGACUUAAAUCCCUGGUGGCGACUGGACCUGGGCAAAACCCGUAAAGUGUUUUCUGUUAAUGUAACCAACCGCGGAGAUGGUUUCCCCGAACGACUCAAUGGAGCUGAAAUUCGAAUCGGAGAUUCUCUUGACAACAAUGGCAACAACAAUCCAAGGUGUGCUGUGAUCUCAAGCAUCCCUCUGGGCUUCACUGAAAACUUUCAGUGUAACGGGAUGGACGGUCGCUAUGUCAACAUUAUCAUCCCAGGAAGAAGCGAGCAUCUGUCCCUGUGUGAGGUGGAGGUGUAUGGCUCCAGGCUGGAUUAGAUGUGAGAAUGUUGAGACUGUUUAGCUGAGGCUGACUUGUGCAGAUUGAUGUUUAAAAUUUUAAAUUUAGCAGAGUUUCAUUAUUCUAAAGACUAGUAACAUAGUUUGGGCAACAUUAAUUCUGCAUGAUUACAUUUUUGACCACUGUGAAGCAGAAGAGUUUUAUAUCAUAGAUAGUAAUGCUUUAACAAAAUUAUUUGGAGUCAUUUAGUUUGUGACCCCUGAUAAUGAAGUCGAUAAAAGCAAUGAUGCUGGACAGUACUUUUUUAUACAAUCACAACAAUAAGCAAAUCAAAAAUAACGACCAAA